GAGACGCAAUUCAAACGAAAAUAGAAGGUGGAUUUCUGUUAAAUCAUACUUAUGUGGCAAUGAAUUCAAUUCAGUCCUUGCAGAAGAAGAUUCAGCUUCAAUCAAGAGUUCUGAAGUCACAAUUACACAGUCUCUUCAACAAGAUUUCGCCAGUGAUAAAGAAGAUACCAAGAGUGAAGAAACUGUUGAGAAUGCAAUAGAGAAAAAACCAAAUUCAAACCCAAAACCAUUGAAUGAAGAAGAAGCAGCUAUUAUAAUUCAAUCAGCAUAUAGAAACUUCAAGUUAAGGUGUAAAAAUGAAGAAAUCGUGAGGUCGGAAACUCGUGAAGAGAAGCUCGAUUUAUUAACGGAAAGUCCGGAUAGGAAAUCUAUGGCUACAUCAGUUGAUGUUCAAACUGGAAAUUCCAAUGAAGUUUUCUCACUUGAAGGAGAAAGUAUGAGCAUUUACAAUCAUAUUCAGAACAGGAAUAGAUCAAGAGGAAUAAAGCAAAAGGAAGAUUGGGAUGAUAGCACUGUGAGUAGCAAUGUUUCGAAAAUGAGAAUGCAGAACAGAAUGGAGGCAACAACAAGGAGAGAAAGAGCAUUGGCUUAUGCUUUCUCACAACAGCUACGAAUAUGUUCAAAGAGAAAACUAGCAAAACAUAACAACAUGGAACAAAAUAUGAGCUGGAGUUGGCUUGAAAGAUGGAUGGCAACUCGACAUCAAGACACUUCAUCGGUUGAAAGCCAUGCUAUGAAUCAGUAUGAGAAUUUCACCAAUGAUAACAAACUCACUAUAAAGACGAGAUUUUUAGAUGGUGCUGGUGGCGAGGAAAAAGAGAGUUGUGGAUCAAAUGAAGUGCCGAUUCAUUUUGAUAAUUAUUCGAUAACUUCACAUGAAGAAAAGGUUAGCAACUUCAAAUUAACAACUACAAAGACAAAUUUCAAAGCUAGAAGAACUGUGUCCAGGAGGAAAACUGUACCAAGUUACCAAUUUCAUGAUGAGCAUUCAAAGGUAAGCAUUAAAGAUGGUUCAAGCAAUGGUAGUAAGGAUAGUAAGCAAAAAUCAAAGCAAGACGGUAGCAAAACAGAAAUGAGUCAAAUGGCAAUUAGCACUCCCAAAAUUUCAAAUGAGUGA